UCUGUUGCGUCUGAACUCUUUUGUCAUUUUAUGUUGUGUUUGUUCAUUUGCUACAGCCGGUAUGGUAAAGAUUCCUAAGGAGGAAUUUUAGACUGAUUACUCGCUAAUGCUUUGUUGUCUUAUUACAUGUUGCUUGUAAACAUUUAAUCGGUCUUAUUAGUUUUUAAAAUAAUUCAUAAUAAUGGCGAGUGUUUCAUAUCAAAUUUCGAAUCUUUUGGAGAAGAUGGCCUCCAAUGACAAAGAUUUUCGAUUCAUGGCCACUAAUGAUCUUAUGAGUGAGUUACAAAAAGAUAGUAUAAAGCUGGAUGAUGAUUCCGAGAAGAAAGUUGUACGUAUGGUUCUACGACUAUUAGAAGAUAAAAAUGGUGAAGUUCAAAAUUUAGCAGUGAAAUGUCUUGGUCCGCUAGUGAACAAAGUGAAAGAAUGUCAAGUUGAAACAAUAGUAGAUUCCUUGUGUGGUAAUAUGGUUUCAAGUAAAGAGCAAUUGAGAGAUAUUUCAAGUAUAGGACUAAAGACUGUGAUUUCUGAGUUGCCACAUUCGACUGGCACUACAGGUCUUGCUGCUAAUGUAUGCCAAAGAAUUACUGGUAAACUUAGUACAGCCAUUGAAAAGCAAGAAGAUGUGUCUGUACAACUGGAGGCAUUAGAUAUUUUAUCAGAUCUGUUAUCAAGGUUUGGAGAAUUGUUAGUACCAUUUCACACAUCCAUUCUGCGUGCUUUAAUGCCUCAGUUAGACUCUCCGAGACAAGCAGUAAGAAAACGUGCUAUUGUGGCUUUAUCACAUGCUUUAACAUCUUGCAGUCCAGCAUUAUAUAACAAGGUAGUGGAACAUUUAUUGACUGGAUUGGAGCAGCAUACUUCUCCUGGUAGUGUCAGAACUUACAUCCAAUGUUUGGCGUCCAUUUGCCGUCAAGCUGGUCAUCGUUUGUGUGGACACAUGGAACGUGCAAUGGAAUUAUUAGUUCAAUACAGCCGCGAAGAAGAUGAUGAAUUAAGGGAGUAUUGUUUACAAGCUUGUGAAGCUUUUGUGAAUAAAUGUCCGGAACCAAUUCAUCCACACAUACCUACAAUAACUGAUUUAUGCUUAUCAUACAUUAGCUAUGAUCCAAAUUACAACUAUGAAGCAGAUGAUUCAAAUAAUGGUGGUUCAAAUGAGUUCACUGAUAGCUCAGCUAUGGAUACUGAAGAUGAAAAUGACGAUGGUGACAGUGAGGAAUACAGUGAUGAUGAUGAUAUGAGCUGGAAAGUUAGAAGGUCAGCAGCAAAAUGUUUAGAAGCUGUCAUAACAAGCAGACCAGAAUUGAUGGACGAAUUUUAUAAGGCUGUUAGCCCAGUACUAAUAUCCAGAUUUAAAGAAAGGGAAGAAAAUGUGAAGUCAGAUAUUUUUCAUGCUUAUAUUGCUCUUUUGAAAGCCACUAGGCCCAGCGAAGAUAACAGUCUAGAAACUGAACGCAUGGAGCAACAAGAUAGCCUUUUAUCACAACUGCAAGAACAGGUACCAAAACUUGUUAAAGCUGUUCAGCCUCUCAUGCGUGAGAAGAGUGUGAAGACCAGACAAGACUGUUUUCUUCUUUUAAGGGAAUUACUCUCUGCUCUACCUGGAGCUUUGUCUGAGCACAUCAAUAUAUUGAUGCCUGGUAUACAUUACUCUCUUGGCUGUGAAAAAACUACUACAAGUAACAUUAAAAUUGAUGCGCUUAGUUUUCUCAAUAUUUUACUUUGUUCGCAUUCACCAAAAGUUUUCUAUGCCCACAUUAAAGACCUCUGCGCAUUGGUUGUAGUAGCAGUUUCUGAUCCUUUUUACAAAAUAGCCACAGAAGCUCUUUUAGUUUUACAACAGAUUGUUAAGGUUAUUCGGCCAAUGGAAAAUUUAGAUGUGCCAUUUCAGUUUGCAAGUUUAGUUCCUAAUUUAUAUAAGUCAACUUUGCAAAGAUUAAGGACACCAGAGGUGGAUCAGGAAGUCAAAGAGAGAGCAAUUGCUUGUAUGGGUCAAUUGAUUGCAAAUUUGGGAGAUUUCUUAAAACCUGAGUUAGAUACCUGUUUACCAAUUUUCUUAGAAAGAUUGAGAAAUGAAGUCACAAGACUGAGCACCGUAAAAGCUUUGACAGUAAUUGCAUCAUCACCAUUGCAAGUAAAUUUGUGUCCAAUUCUGCCUGAUGUGAUUCCAGCUUUAGGCAGUUUUCUACGUAAAAAUCAAAGAGCAUUGAAGUUAAAUUCUUUAACACUGCUAAAUACAAUAGUUUUAAAUUACUGCCACUGUUUUGAAUCUGGCUUAUUGCUUACUGCAAUUGGAGAAAUGCAGCCUUUACUCAGUGAAUCAGAUUUACAUGUAACUACAAUGACACUAACGGUUUUAACAUCUACUGCACAAAAAAUGCCAUCUGCUUUGAUACAUGUAAAUGAAUACAUUUUACCAGAAGUCUUACAACUUGUUAGGUCACCUUUACUUCAAGGUAGUGCUUUGAAUAGCACUUUAUUAUUUUUCCAAGCAGUAGUUGCUGCUAAUUUACCUAAACUAGGUUAUCGUGACCUAUUGAGUAUGUUAGUUGCACCAGUACUUCAAACUGGCAAAGUACAGCUUCAUAAGCAAGCAUUCCAUUCAAUGGCACGUUGUGUUGCUGCAUUAACUCUGCAAUGUCCAAAUGAAGCUGUUCCUGUGGCUAAAGAAUUACUACAAGAUGUGCAAAGGCCCAGAAGUGAUUCACAUUUAGUGUUUUGCUUGUUGACAAUUGGAGAAAUUGGCCGACAUAUCGAUUUGAGUGUAAUUGAGCCUUUGCCAACCGUUUUAUUAGAAACAUUUUCUACGCCUUCUGAGGAAGUAAAAGGUGCAGCAAGCCAUGCAUUGGGAGCAGUUUGUGUUGGGAAUUUAGAUUAUUAUCUUCCCUUCAUACUGCAAGAAAUAGAAGCACAACCGAAGAAACAGUAUUUAUUAUUGCAUUCAUUGAAAGAGGUGAUCACUUCGCUUUCUGUGAGUCCUGAAAAAUUAUCCCGGCUUCUACCUUCGGUACCAUCAAUUUGGAUGCAACUUUUCAGACACUGUGAAUGUUCUGAGGAAGGUUCUCGCAAUGUAGUGGCUGAAUGCUUGGGAAAACUUGUUUUAGUUGAUCCACAAAAUCUUUUGCAAGAAUUGCGACAAGCACUUAAUAGUCCAUCUGCACUAAUGAGAACAACAGUUGUUACUGCAGUGAAGUUUACUAUAUCAGAUCAACCUCAAGCUGUAGAUCCAUUACUGAAACAGUGCAUAGGACAAUUUUUGAGUGCAUUGGAAGAUCCAGAAGUGUCGGUUCGACGUGUUGCCUUAGUAGCUUUUAACUCUGCCGUACACAAUAAACCCUCAUUGGUACGAGAUUUAUUGGUAUCAUUACUUCCCCAGUUAUAUGAAGAGACUAAAGUUAAGAAAGAACUAAUACGGGAAGUAGAAAUGGGACCCUUUAAGCAUACUGUUGAUGACGGUUUAGAUAUUAGAAAAGCUGCAUUUGAAUGUAUGUACACAUUACUUGAACAAGGGCUGGAAAGAGUGGAUGUGUUUCAGUUUCUGGAUCAUGUUCAAGGAGGAUUGCGAGAUCAUUAUGAUAUAAAAAUGUUAACAUAUUUAAUGACUGCCAGACUGGCGCAGCUAUGUCCUAAUGCUGUAUUACAAAGGUUGGAGCAACUUGUUGAACCAUUGAGGGCCACCUGCACACUAAAAGUAAAGGCAAACUCAGUUAAACAAGAAUAUGAAAAACAAGAUGAAUUAAAAAGAUCUGCCCUUCGAGCUGUUGUUGCUUUAUUAGCUAUUCCAAAAGCAGAUAAAAAUCCUCAUCUUAGUGAUUUCUUAUCCUUGAUACGAGCCUCCUCAGAUUUACUACCUUUGUAUGAGAGUGUACAGAAGGACACCACACUAAAUUGUGAGCAGAAUAAUCAAAUGGAUCAAAGUUAAUAACUUUGCAUUCUAAGUUUUAAAAAUUCUUUAAGUUAUUGCAAUUAUUGCACUCAUUAUUGUUAGAAAUAAGCUAUUAGUAUAUUUAAGUCAUAAGAAUUUAUUCAGACUGUACAUAUUGUUUUGAAAGGGAAAAAAAACUGAAAAUAUUUCAUUCUUUAUAUGCAGUUCUUUAUGU